GCUGAAUAGAGUGACGAGAGAAUAUUAUCAUUUGGAAAUCAGUUGUGACGCAUUUUCCAGUGAAGAACAAAUCACGUGUUAUAAUUUUUUUCUAUUUUCGUUUCGCCCUUAUUUUUUGUUCAGAGGAAUAAGAAAAUGAGUAACAAUGAUGAACGUCACGUGCUGUCGAUACAGAGUCAUGUUGUAUAUGGAUACUGCGGUAAUAAAUGUGCAACAUUCCCAUUGCAGUUUAUUGUUCCAGUUACUUGGAUUUGACGUUGAUGCAAUUAAUUCAGUGCAAUUUUCCAAUCACACGGCAUAUAAAGUCAUGAAAGGGGAAAUUCUGAAUGACAAUCAUCUUGGUGAAUUAAUGGAAGGCUUAGCUGGAAAUGAUUUGGAUUACUACAGUCAUUUACUCACUGGAUAUGUUGCCUCACCGUCCUUUUUGAAAAAAAUCUCCCAGUUGGUUCCCACUUUGAAAGAGAAAAAUCCAAAUCUCAUAUACGUCUGUGAUCCUGUUUUGGGUGAUAAUGGGAAAACUUAUGUACCUGAGGAGUUGAUCGAAAUUUAUAAGACAGAAAUAAUUCCAUUGGCCGAUAUUGUGACACCAAAUGAAUUUGAAUUGACACUAUUGACAAAUGAAAACAUCGAAACAAUGGAGGAUGUGAAAAGGGCUAUAAAGAAAUUGCAUCACUUGGGUCCUAAAAUUGUUGCAAUAACUUCUAUCGAAUUGAACAAUAAAUUAAUAAGCGUUAUCAGCAAUGAACAAGAUGAUGUGAUCAUCACCAUGGACAUACCAAAAAUACCAACAAAUUACACGGGCUCUGGAGACCUCUUUGCAGCUCUAUUUUUGGCCCAUUCAUAUAUUCAACGGGAUUUGAAAACUGCACUGGAAAGAACAAUAAAUACGCUACAUUCAGUGCUUUUGAGGACUCACGAAUUCCGCUCGAAAUUCGCCAAAGAGCCUGUCCAAAAAGCUAAACUCAAAGAAUUACGUUUAAUUCAAAGCAAAGCCGAUAUAGAGAAUCCACCGAGUAAACUUCGAGCUGAAUUCCAAAACGUAGAAUAAUUUAGAUUUUCCAAAAUAAUGAUAACACAUUAUGUAUAAAAAUUGUUUAUGACUAUGCACUUCUUCGGACUUGUAUGCUCGAAACAUUGAUGUCUUCCACUAUCAA